AUGUUGAAGAGGUUUGUUGCUAUAAAAGAUGCUCUUUCGGUGAUGGUAGUGAGUGACAAGUGGUUCCGCCCUGUGGAUGAUAAUCUGUGUCGGGUCCAAUUUGUCAAAGACAAGAUUGUGAAUGAUGUGUGGUGGGAUAAGGUGCGCUACUUCCUUAGUUUCACUGAACCUAUCUAUUCUAUGAUACGAGCAAAUGACAUCUUGACAAGCCAUGCCCUGCAUUUGAUAUAUGAAAUGUGGGAUACAAUGAUAGAGAAGGUGAGGGUUGUGAUCUAUCGUCAUGAAGGGCUAGAACCACAUGAAGAAUCUGCCUUCUUCUCAAAUUGCUAG